AUGCGCGCGAUCCCCUCCUUCUACCGCAUUUUCUUCACCAUCAUCGACCCCCUCAUCUGCCUCUGGGGCGCGUACCUAGACUUCCAUGCGCCCCUCACAGUCCUCUCAUCACACAUCCUUUCUCCCACGCUCGACAUCGGCCACAAGAUGAUCCUCGGCCAGCGGGGCGGCCACAUGCUGAACUGCGGGCUCAUCUCCGGCGUGCUACUGCGAUACACGUCGGACCUGAAGAUCUGGCACAUUGUCGAGAUCGGGCUGCUGAUUGUAGAUUUCGCAUAUUUUCCGGCUGCUUUUGGGGCGCUGAAUAGCCAGUGGCGGGUGCUACCUGAGACGUGGAGGGCGGAGGAUUGGGGGGCUUUUGUGAUUAUGGUGGUGGUGACUUUGGUUAGGUUGGCGUUUUUGGCGAGGGUGGGGUUUAGGAGUGAGGACGGGGAGGGGGAGGAGAGCAAGAGUGAAAGGAAGAGCGAGAGGAAGGUGCAAUGA